CCACACCACAAGCCACGCCGGCGCAAACAACCACACCCGAACCUUCAGAAUGGCAGGCCACAACCAUGGCAUGCUCCACCAGGAUCCCGCCAUCAUAAAAUGGAACAACAUGGUGGUCAAUCGCCACAAGUACUUCCGCUGGACCCGCCGCACCGCGUGGAUCUCCUUCGCAUACGUCGUGCUCGUGCCUGCGAUGCUGGGGACGGCUGGGUACAUGACUGAGGGCAAGUGGGAGAUGCGCGGAAAGAGAAGGGGAGAUUUGAUCUCUGAGUUUUAGAGGGAAAGUUGGGAUGAGGAGGAGUAGUAGGAAUACCAGAAUGACGGAGGCCAAUACAAGCAUUGAAUUUUGCUGG